AGCCCAUAAACCCCAAACCCAACCCAACCAACCGCCUCGGCGCCUCGUCUCCCCGUUCCCCACCACACCUUCUCCUUCCCGCCUCCCGAGGCCCCGCCCUGUCGCCGACACAUGGGCCCCACCGCCCGCGCCCAGUUCGUGUACAACCGCCGCCGCCGCCGCAGCGGCGGGCGGCACGCCGUCGAGGAGGCCUCCGACGAAGAGGAGCAGCGGCAGGACAGUUCCUCCUCGUCGGAGGACGAGGAAGACGAAGCGGAAGCGUCGGGAGAAGAAGUCGCUGACGACGACGACGACGAGGAGGAGGAGGAGGAGGAGGAGGCGGCUGUCGAGCCCGCGGCCGAGGAGGAUCCCGCAGCGGCGGCGGCGGGGGAGAAGAGGGGCGGGAGGAAGGGCCGGAUCACCAUCAGCCUCAAGAAAGUGUGCAAGGUGUGCAAAAGGACAGGGCACGAAGCAGGGUUCAAGGGGGCCGUGUACAUCGACUGCCCCAUGAAGCCCUGCUUCCUAUGCAAGAUGCCAGGUCAUACAACCUUGACUUGCCCACAUAGAGUAGCAAUGGAGCAUGGUGUUAUCCCAGCCCCUCGAAGGAAUACAAACACUUCAUUAGAUUAUGUCUUUCAGAGCCAAAUCAAGGGCAAGAUUUCCAUGGUUAAGCCCAAAUUUCUGAUACCCAACCAACUAGAGUCUGGAAACAUAAAAUUUCAUCAGAGGCGUGUGACUUGCUUGGAAUUUCACCCAACAAACAACAAUGUUCUUUUAUCAGGAGACAAGAAAGGGCUUCUGGGUGUUUGGGAUUAUGUUAAGUUGCAUGAGAAGAUUACAUAUGAUUCUGUGCACUCCUGCAUUCUGAACAGUAUGAAGAUUGAUAACGCCAAUGAUGGGAUACUAUACACAGCUUCCUCUGAUGGUACUAUCAGUUGCACAGACUUGGAUACUGGCAUUGGCUCCCCCUUGUUAAAUCUCAACCCGAAUGGUUGGAAUGGUCCGAGCUCUUGGCGCAUGAUAUAUGGGAUGGACUUAAACACUGACAAAGGUCUUAUUUUGGUGGCAGAUAACUUCGGUUUUCUUUACUUCCUGGAUAGACGAUCAAAGACAAGAAUUGGACAUCCGAUUCUCAUACAUAAAAAGGGUAGCAAGGUAACCACCCUUCAUUGCAGCCCUGCACGACCUGAAGUUCUUCUGAGCAGCGGAAAUGAUCACUAUGCCCGUAUUUGGGAUACAAGAAAGCUUGAAGCCAACUCACCCCUUGCCAGCCUUGCUCAUGGGCGGGUUGUUAAUUCAGGAUAUUUUUCUCCACAAAGUGGUAAUAAGAUCUUGACAACAUGUCAGGACAACCGGAUUCGUGUAUGGGACUAUAUUUUUGGUGAUCUGCAAUCCCCAAGUAGAGAAAUUGUACACAGUCAUGAUUUCAACCGUCACCUGACUCCCUUCAAAGCUGAGUGGGACCCAAAGGAUUACACAGAAACUGUUGCGGUCGUUGGUCGUUACAUAAGUGAGAACUACAACGGUGUUGCUUUGCAUCCAAUUGAUUUCAUAGAUACCAGUUCUGGGAAGCUUCUGGCUGAGGUGAUGGACCCUGACAUAACAACAAUCAGCCCAGUAAAUAAGCUACAUCCGCGAGAUGAUAUCCUGGCAACAGGAAGCUCAAGGUCCAUUUUCAUUUGGAAACCAAAGACUGAAGAUGAACUUACAGAAGAAAGGACCAAGCAGAAGGCUAAGGAAUACGUAUAUGGAUCAGGUUCCCAGAAGAAAACAAAUGGUAAGCAUGACAAUAGUAGUGAUGACGAUUCAGAUGGGGAUUCUGGCAGAAAGAACAAAAAAGCAAAGAAGACUCGUUUCACUUGUACCACAAAGGGAAAAGGCAAAUCCAAAGUCUGAUACUGGUGUACUUCGUGCAGCAGCAAUUUUGACAAGAAUUCAGCCAUUUACCAGCCCUACCUAAGAUCCACAAGAAAUCUUUUGUACCAUCUUGACCCCUAGCUAAGAUGCAGAAGACCCAUAGUGGUCUACUGGAGCCAUGCCCCAAGGAUUUAGCUCUAUAAAUAGGUUUCUGAUGCUUUUGGAUCUUGUUAAAUAGGUUUCUGAUGCUUUCGAAUCCUGACAUGCUUAUGGGCAUUUGAUCAGAGUGGGCUUUUAACGGUCUAUCAAAUAUCAAUAUAUAAAUGCUCCUGUACAGUUUGGCUGGAUGCAGUUUAUGUUCAUAAAAA